AUGCGUACGGUCAUUCCACCGAAGUACCGCAAGAGUAUCUUGGAUGUGCUGCAUGAAGGGCAUCUAGGACUUACCAAAAUGAAGAUGCUCGUUAGAUCGUAUGUUUGGCGGCCUGGAUUGGACAACGACCUCGCAGCCAAAGUCAAAAGUUGCGAAUCAUGUGCUUCAACCGCAGAUGGCCUUCAACCAGUUCCCCUACACCGUUGGGAACGUCCAGAACAUCCUUGGACGAGACUGCAUGCCGAUUUUGCGGAGUACGACAAGAAACACUUCCUAGUGGUUAUAGAUGCUCACAGCAAGUGGCCGGAAGUUGUCCAAGUACGCAGUCAGACUGUGACCGAUACCAUGAAGGCCUUCCAAGAAAUCUUCCUGCGGCAGGGUACCCCUGAGCAGUUGGUGACCGAUAAUGGCCCACAGUUCACUAGUGCUGAUUUCAAAUCCUUCUUGGAGCUACGUGGAAUCUGUCAUAUUCUCACACCACCCUAUCACCCCAAGUCCAACGGACAAGCUGAAAACUUCGUAAAGCCCCUGAAGCAAGCCUUACGUCGUGCUCAAGCUGGGAAGGAGGAGGAGCCUGUUGGAACAUUUCUCGCGAAAUACAGAGCUACCCCCCAUGUGUCGACCGGCCAGUCACUCUGCGAGCUGCUAAACAAGAGACUCUUCAGGAUGACUCUAGACCUGGUCCGACCAUUCCGGCGCGAAAGUGGCGACGUCGUCAUGCCACUAACACAGAACAAGUCUACCAGGAAUUUCCAAGUCAUGGAAAAGGUCUGGGUAAAGGAUCCGACCCAAAAACAUCACUGGAUCAAGGGCGUUGUCUUGGAACGCAUAGGCAAUGUUAUGUACGACGUGGACGUGGAAGGUAAGAAGCGCAGCCGUGUUCACGCCGAUCACUUGAAGAGAAGAAUCUCUGCGGGACGAUGUGCCAAAUGCUGA